AUGGCCGAUGAGGAGCAGUUCGAUGGCCUCGACGAGCUCCCAUCGUCGCCGAGCCCGGACACUAUCAAAGUGGGAUCCACAACGAUGAGCCUCCCAACAAAGCUGAAAGGCAAGAAAAUCAAGAAAAAGGGCCAUCGAAGAGAAAACAAUAUCACCGGAGAAGUCACCUUUAAAAAAUCAUCUUCUGAAGCAAUUGCGGGAGCCCUGCAACUGGGAAUCGCUCAUUCAGUUGGGAAAUUAUCAGAAAGGCCAGAGAGAGAUGUUCUUAUGCAAGAUUUUGAAGUCGUCGAACUUAUCGACUUUCCGACGAAAGGGACGACGCUUACUCCGCCGCAUGAAUUUGGCGAAUUCACAUUUCAGAGCUACGCUCCCUUGGCGAUGCGAUACUUCCGGGAUAUUUUUGACAUUUCCGUCGAGGGCUACAUCCAUUCAAUAAUUCAUGAGCCUCUGACUGCCAUUGGAAAUCCAGGAGCUUCAGGAUCGUUGUUUUGGAUCACUCACGACGACGAAUUCAUCAUCAAAACUGUGGACAACAAAGAAGCCGAGUUUCUGAUGAAUCUACUGCCAGGUUACUUUAUGAAUGUUCAGCAGAAUCCCAGAACCCUCCUUCCCAAAUUCUAUGGACUCUACUGCGUGAAAAAAGAAAGAAAACACAUCCGCGUCGUGGUGAUGAACAAUCUGCUCCCACGCGACGUGGAAAUGCACUACAAGUUCGACUUGAAAGGCUCCCGUUACAAGAGAAAAGCGAACAGCAAGGAGCAGCAAAAGAAGUCGCCGACGUGGAAGGAUUUGGAUUUUGAACGCAUCUUCGAUUCAAAACGAAUUUCUCUCGUCAAAGAAAGCUACAACGCAAUGAUUGAAACGAUAAAACGAGACUGUCUUGUUUUAAACUCUUUUAGCAUAAUGGAUUACAGUUUUCUGAUGGGCGUCCACAAGUGCUCAGUCGGGGAGAUUGCUAGUAUGGAGUCGAUGAGCUUGAGCGCGAGUAAUUCCAGAGGCAACUCAGGGACGGGCUCUCUGGUCAAAAGAAAACGAAACAAGAAAUCGUUUCACAAACGCUCUGCCUUAUACUCGUCGCCAAUGGAGCAGGUCUUCACUGGCUCGCAAGUGAAUCUUCAACUCUCUCAGCACAAAGUCGACCAGAACUGGGGCGGCAUUCCUGCACUACUUCCCGACGGCACACAAGUUCUUAUUUAUUGUGGAAUUAUCGACAUCCUCCAGUGCUACAAAAUUCUCAAGAAAACGGAACAUUUCUUCAAAAGUCUUUACACAAAUGGCGACGAGAUUUCAGUCGUGCGGCCUGGCUUCUACGCCGAGCGAUUCCAAGAUUUCCUGAAAAACAAAGUCUUCAUUCCCCAGUCCAAAUCAUCGUUACCUAAUCCGCGCCAAAUUCUUGAGCAGGGGCUCGAAGAAGAACUUGAAGAUAAGCCGUCAAAAGAAGAAAAAACAGAUGUCGACCAUAAUAAGAAUGGAACCUAUUUCUGA